AUGCCUCCUGCACACCUGCUCUUUCCAGGACAGCCAUGUCAAGGCCUUGUCACUAGCCCAGGCUUUCGGCCAGUGGACAUCCUGGUGCACCCUGUGCCACAGCGUGCCCCCUCCCCCACUCCUGGGGGCAGUGGGACUGAAGCAAAAGCUGUGGCCGUGGGCCAGACUCCCUGUAUGCCCACCACCCUCCUGGUGGUGGCCCAGAGGGAGAGGCUCCUUCCUCCCGUUGGCUUCUCAGAGCACUACCAGGGCCUGGCUGGGCCAGUGUCUAAUUCCCACAAAAAGCUCCUCUUUAAGGAGGGUGGUAAAAAGAGGGAAAGGUUCAGGAACUGCCCUGUCAAUAACCCCAAUAGCAGGGACAUGCUGAGGAGGAAGGGGGGCUUCAGUGCCCUCUCUGUGGUCCAAGUGGGGAGGGAGAUGCAGAACAGGGUCCCACUGCUGGACAAGGAGUCCCCACCAGGCAGCAGGCAAGCAGGCCCCCUGCACGACCCACCCACCCCCUAUCAGGCCUGGGAGCUAGAAAGGGCGGGGCUGAGUGUCGCACCAAUGGCAUCUCGGCCUCGGCCCUCUCGCACUUGGAACUUUGAAGCGCCCAGCGUGCAAGCCUGCGACUGCCGGCCCGGCCAGAAGAAGUGCACCUGCUACCGGCCCAACCGCCGCGAGACCUGGCUCUUCUCUCGCUUCUCUACGGGCUGGAGCUGCGGGCUGCACGCCGACUGGACCGAGCUCACCAACUGCGUGCCCGGCGUGCUGGACCGUCGCGACCCCGCCGCGCUGCGCACGCCCAGAAAAUUCUUUUCUAUUGCUACUUUACUGAGAGAUUUGGUAAGAUUUUUGUCUUGCUGGAAGAACCCACCCUCAGGUUCCACCUGGAAAACUAGCCUGCACAUGUGCGAUGGGCGCACACCCACGCCCGAAGAGCUGCCACCCUGCUAUGAGGGCACGGACUGGUCGGGCUGCACGCUGCAGGAGUUCAUGGACUGCCCCUACAACCUGGCCAACAACCGCCAGGUGCGCAUGCUGGCCGACCUGAGCCUGGUGGGCUGCUACAACCUGUCCUUCAUCCCCGAGGGCAAGCGGGCCCAGCUGCUGCUGGAGAGCGCCAAGAAGAACCUGCGGGGCAUGGCCUUCUUCGGCCUGACGGAGUUCCAGCGCAAGACGCAGUACCUGUUCGAGCGGACGUUCAACCUCAAGUUCAUCCGGCCCUUCAUGCAGUACAACAGCACGCGGGCGGGCGGUGUGGAGGUGGACGAGGACACCAUCCGGCGCAUCGAGGAGCUUAAUGACCUGGACGUGCAGCUCUACGACUAUGCCAAGGACCUCUUCCAGCAGCGCUACCAGUACAAGCGGCAGCUGGAGCGCAGGGAGCAGCGCCUCAAGAGCCGGGAGGAGCGCCUGCUGCACCGCGCCAAGGAGGCGCUGCCACGGGAGGACGCCGAGGAGCCGGGCCGCGUGCCCACUGAGGACUACAUGAGCCACAUCAUCGAGAAGUGGUAG